GUUGUAGAUGGCAUGUGCGGGGUGCACGUACCUUAUCAUCUUCAUACAGUUUGAUUUGGCAGCAGUCUAACCGAAAAAGUUCCAAUGUUUCAUUACCACCCUCAUGCCAAAGCGCGUUGAACCGUAAGCGAAGUUAGGUUAUCCACCUGUAAUUUACUGCAGGGUGUUUUUAUAUAUUGAUCUGGCACUCUAUUAAUCUAGACCUAGGAUUACUUUUGACGCGCAGGGAAAUUGAGUACGAGUAAAAAUUUAAAUGUGACAUAAAGAUUGGCGACCUUCCUUCCAAAUUAGAAACUAUCACGGUGAAUACGAACAAACGCGUAAAGUUUUAAACCCGCGAAUUAAAAUUCUGACCGUGCUGUUAGUGGCGCGGCUGUCACUCCACGCCAAACCCGCACUAUGCUGCGUGCUCCGAGAAAAUCCGGCUCGAAGGACCAAAUGUUCAAACAAUUUUUUUUAUGAAUUGGUACAAAGAGAUGGAACGAUGGAAUAAAUGAAUAAGUAGGAGUAGAUCGUUUACUUUCUUUAACACAUUUCUACACUAAACCUAAAGGUUGAUACAAGCUUUCCAACUAUUGAACCUUGAGCAGCCUCCAAUGUCUACUACUUAAAUAAAGUAAGACUCCAACCCGUAGCUUCUUACGUAUUUCACGAUUCCGAGCACAAUCAAGAAUACGUUCAGCACCGAUAGGUAUAUCAGGAGCACGAAGCAUAUGUAGUAGAAGUCGGCGGGUGGCCUGUAAAUGCGCGACUCUUGCCUUUCCAUAGGAACUGGGAAGGGAAACUCGCUCAAUUGACGAAUAAACCGCAAUUACAGCCGCCUUCCUGUCGUAUUUUUAAUCGAACUGAGGUUUUGGCUCAACAUAGAAUUGUAAACGUUUCGUCGAAAGAGGGCGUUCUGGCAUGGUUUACCUAUUAUGUUCAGGAGGCUGAAGAUACUCACGGCAUUCUAGACAGAAUAUCCAAAGUACUCAGGAUCCUCGAGGAUAUAUGAGCGGUUUCGAAAAAGUUUGUUCAAAAUUUUGAAAAUUCUGAAUCUGGCAAAUUCUUUGGAAGGAUUUCAAUAUUUUUUGGAAACAUGCGUACCAAGACAUUCAAAAAAUGUGUUAGUGGCAGGUAAAUGUGAAGUGUGGCGCCAUCUAUAUAAAUCCAUCCUACUUUCGAUCCAAACCCUGACUUACCGAACCAAAACACUUUAUCUAUUACAAUGUGGUUUACUCUAAUCAAUCACUAAUCAAGCACCUUACCUUCGACGAUGUGUGCUUUUGGUUCGUGCGAAAUAGAAUUUGAAAAAAAAACGUAUCGGCCCGGAGAUCCUGUGAGUGGAAAGGUUUGUUGCACUUUCCCACUAGAGUGCAUAGUUAGAGAUAUAAUAAUAACAUUCUCCGGAAGGGCAAAGGUGUGUUGGAGCGAUGGAGACGGGCGAACGUACGCCAAGAUUGAGCCACUCUUUAAAAUGAAAUCCAGCCUAUUGCAAUCUCAAACGAAAUUCGGGCCGGGGCGUUACGUUUACCCCUUCACGUUGAACUUGCCCGAAAACUUACCAUCUUCAGUGGAGGCGACGUGCGGAAUGUCGCGGGGGAGGAUAAAGUACAAGGCCCGAGUGAAGAUCAACAGGAAGUGGAGCCUAGAUUGCACUUGCGAGAAAAUCUUUGAAGUGUACACAUGCAAUGACCUAAACGCAAUGAGUAGUGCUUCUCCCGUUGAACGCUCGAUUGAGAAAAUUCCGACUUCGCUCGGCGUCAGCGGACCGAUUCAAUUUACGGUCAGCCUAUCGGACGACCGAUGCGUGCCCAAUCAGGUGGUUCGAUUUGUAGCGAGGGUGAAAAACGAUUCCUGCACGACGGUGAACGAGUUGCGCUUCAGGAUCGUGCAGGGUUUCACCUUCCAUGUCAAGUCGAAAAGGGAAGAGAUUACAGUAUCCGCUACGGACCUGUUCGCGGUGGUCAACAGUGUCGUGGAGCCUGGCGUGGAGAAAUUCUGGAAGCUUCAACUCAAAAUUCCCGCAAACAUGUCUGUCGCCUCAUUGCCCAAUUGCAAUGUGAUCAAGGUAUUCUGGGAGUUAAGGGGCGAAGUUCGUCUGUCUUUUCCACAUAGGAAUAUGCGCAUUGAGGUACCACUACGUCUUGGACCUGUUUCCCCACCUGAAAAUCCUGAGCUGUAUGGAAAUUCGCACUGAAACCAGCACCAUUCGUCAUUUUCCACAACUUGCAACAUGAAAAUGGACGUCGCCUACCUCUCCAUUCAACUCCAUCCGUGAAUCGGUUAAAGGAGUAACAGAAUUAAUUCAAUCUCGUUGUUACGUUGAUGGUAUAGCAAAGACAUUUCUAUUCGGCUGUUGAAGCAGUUCUCUUGGCUUCCAUCGUUCAAAUUUAAUGAAAAAAACCUUUAUAAUGUCCGUAGAUUGAGAAAAGCAUACGAAAUACAGUAAUUUUUAAAUAAAGUACAUGACUUUC